AUGCGUCGCUUCGUGGUCGAUGCCGCGCGUCGCCACGCGCGAUGCGCGGUCGCGCGUCCGUCGAGCGCGCGCGCGGUGCGAGCGCUGGUGCCGGACGUGACGCCGGCGUACGCGCGCGCGUACGCGGACGUGAGCGCGCUGAAGCGCACGCCGUUGUACGACGUGCACGUCGCGCGCGGUGGAAAGUUGGUUGACUUCGCCGGGUACGCGCUGCCGAUUCAAUACGGAGACUCGAUCAUGGAGGCGACGCAGCACUGCCGGACGAACGCGUCGUUGUUUGAUGUGUCGCACAUGCUUGGGUCGAGCAUCAGGGGGAAGGAUGCGACGGCGUUCUUGGAAUCUCUCGUCGUCGCGGACCUGAAGGGGUUGAAGAACGGCACGGGGACGCUGAGCGUGAUGACGAAUGAAAAGGGCGGGAUCAUCGACGAUACGGUGAUCACGAAGAUCAACGAUCACGAUUACUACGUCGUGCUCAACGCCGGAUGCGCGGAAAAGGAUCAGAAGCACAUCAACGCCCACUUGGCCAAGGCCAAGGCGAACGGUAUGGAUGUUGAUUUCAUCGUGCACUCGAACCGUUCGCUCUUGGCGUUUCAAGGCCCGAAGACGAUGGAGGUGCUCCAGCGCUUCACCGAUUUCGAUCUCUCCAAGCUCUACUUCGGUAUGUUCACGGAGAUGACCGUGAACGGUGGUAAGGUUUGGGUGACUCGUACCGGUUACACGGGCGAGGACGGCUUCGAGAUCUCCGUCCCGAACGAGGACGCGGUGAAGCUCGCCGAGGCGCUCGAGGGCCAACCCGAAGUUCGCUUCGCCGCGCUCGGUCCGAGAGAUUCUCUCCGCCUCGAGGCCGGUCUCUGCCUCUACGGUAACGACUUGAACGAAGAUAUCACCCCGCCGGAGGCUGGUUUGACGUGGACCAUCGGCAAGGCGCGUCGGGAGAAGUGUGACUUCGUCGGCGGCGAGAUCAUCAAGAAGCAGCUCGAGAACCCGGCGUCGAUCCCGCAGCGACGCGUCGGCCUCACCUUCACCGGUAAGGGCGCCCCCGCUCGCCAGCACUCCAUCAUUCUCGACAUGGACGGUAACACCAUCGGUGAGGUCACCUCUGGUGGCUUCUCCCCGGUGCUCCAAAAGAACAUCGCCAUGGGUUACGUCGCCAAGGCGUUCGCCAAGGCGGGCACCGAGGUCCAGGUCGAGACGCGAGGCAAGCGCACGGCCGCCGUGACGUCAAAGAUGCCCUUCGUGAACACCACCUACUACAAGCCCGAGUAA